CUGUGGUAGAGAAAACAUGUCCUUCUACCUUUUGAAGAAUCCAAACAGUCAUAAUUCAGUGGUCAAGAACACUAGGGGUAACAAGGUAUCUAAUAAGAUAGCAGUAUAGACAUACUGUAAGGCAGUUUGCUUUUCAGUCAGCGCAGAAUGUUGCAGAGCACAUAAAGAAUCAAGAGUCAUAGGAGGGGUUAUAUUAGACCAGGUGAGUGGUGGUACUAUAGGAGUUCGAUUAUUAUACCAGAUGAUUGUUUCCAUGCCACUAACAAUAUAGUGGUAGUGGCAUGGAAACAUUCAGACUUUCCUCUGAUAAGAAGUAUGUAACGGUUAUUUGGAAACAUUUCAACGGUUCCUCCCAGGUACCACCCUAAUGCUAAGAGAGAAGGGAACCCUCCUUUUUUUUUUAUUACCUUUUAAUGAUCGUCUACUCUUUUAUUUACAUUUUCAAAUGACUACAGGAACUAUUUGCUGACUGUGAACUUGCUUUUUCAUCGCUGUCUGAAAACCCCUUCGCUUCUGAUUUUAAACACCUGCUACAUGACUGCGUGAUUCACAGAGGGAAGGCAAGCAAUUCCUUGUGUGAGUGCAUGAAAAUGGCCAAAGCCGUGAUUCCAGUAGAACUCUUCACCGUGGAAAAUUUCAACUGUUCAGUGUGUCUGGAUCUCCUGAAGGAACCGGUGACUACUUGCUGCGGCCACAGUUUCUGUAAAGUGUGUAUUAAUGGCUUCUGGGAUCAGGAGAACAAGAAGGGCUGCUACAGCUGUCCUCAGUGCAGAAAGACUUUCACUCCGAGGCCUGAUCUCUAUAAAAACAGCAUGUUGGCUCAAAUGGUGGAGAAACUGAAAGCUCUGUCUGCUGACUGUUACGAUGGAGCUUCUGAAUCCCGUCUGACCUCCUUGUGUGAAACUCAUCUACAACCUCAUCUUGAAGUUCCUAUUUUGAAAAAACAGACUUCAAUCGAAUCAAAACUGCAGUUGGAUAAACACAAAGGCCAUUACUCUGUAGCACUUUCAGCAGUGAGAACUGAGAAGCAGCAAAUGGUUUCCACCUCAGAGCCAAAGAGCAGAGAUGAUUUUCUGAAAUACUACUGUUAUCUGACACUGGAUCCCAACACAGCGCAUAAAUUACUCGUUCUGUCCGAGAAGAACCGAGUGGCGUCAAGCAGCUGUAUCCUGCGUAUGUACUACGAUCAUCCAGAGAGAUUUGACUCCUGUUAUCAGGUGUUGUGUAAGGAGGGUGUGAUUGGGCGCUGUUACUGGGAGGUAGAGUGGAACUGUCAGGCGGCCAUGUUCAUCUCAGUUUCAUAUAAAGUGAUCAGGAGACAAGGACAGGGUGUAGAGUGCGAGUUUGGAGGCAACAAUCAGUCUUGGAGUCUGUGUUGUUCUUCCUCAUCUGUCUACUUCUAUCACGACAACCUUAAAACUGAUCUCAAAGUUGCACCAUCCCCCAGAAUAGGAGUGUAUGUGGACCACAGCGCAGGGAAUCUGUCCUUCUACAGCGUCUCCGAUGCGAUGAGUCUCAUCCACAGUGUCCACACCACAUUCACUCAGCCGCUGUAUGCUGGGUUUGGGGUUUAUGGAGGAGUUGUGAGGUUGUGUGAUGCCAAAUAACGGCGAACCAAAAAGUCCUGCAUGUUCCCUUAUAAUUCUGCAAUUUCUAAUUGAAACUGUAAACGUUAAAGCACUGGGUUUAGAGUUUGGGAAUUUUUUUUUUUGUGAUAUCUGCUGUGUAUAAAGUAAACUAUGAUGUGAAAUAUUUUCAAAAAAGAAAAAAAGUGCUGAUUAAUUAAAAACUAACGUUUUUAGUUGAAUUGUAUUUAGAAAUGCAUGUUUUUUUUUUAAUUAGCUACUAAUUCUGUGUAAAAAAGAAAGAAACAAAAAAAGAAGUCUAAGCCAUUGAAAUGAAAGUGAAAGAUUUUUUUUUUUACACACACAAAUUAUCCAUCGAAAUCACAUAACUGUAACACAAAUACCUUUACAGUAUAUUACAGUUGGUGGCUCAGUAAUAGGUGGACUGGGUAUCCCGCGGAGGCGACCCCUUGCCGGGAGCAGCCGAAAAACCAACAACAACAGCUCCCACUGAAACCCUAAUGGCUGUAUUAAAAAAGAAAUCUCCAUCAAAAGGAUUUUUUUUUAAGUCUACUGAUUUUGAGUUUAAGGUGUUGGAUCCUCCAAUACAUCAGUGUUUGAUUGAUGAUACUUAUAGUUAGUAAAUUAGUAACCAGUAUUAGGAUCACACCAGUAACGCACUUUUGUAAGUCGCUCUGGAUGAGAGUGUCUGCCAAAUGCCUAAAUGUAAAUGUUAAAUUUUAUUAUUUCGUUUGGAAUUUGUGCCUGUAAAAUAACGUAUAUAAUAUAAAAUAAUGAUAGUCACGUUAUAUGAUUGUGUGAUAUAACUGUAUUACAUGAUGUGCCUGUACUGUAACACAUAUGAAUUGUUUCAGCAUGAAAACAAUAAAUG